UCCCUUUGUUGGUCCCUUUGCAAACAAAGUAGUCUCAGUUGAAGUCUUUCUACAGCGCAUGCUGGCUUGGAUAACUGUCGUGAGGACUGUCAUGGACAUGAUUGUUCAUCAUCCAAGUCUGCCUGCUAGAACGGAGGAGUUGAUCUCCUGGAAGCCUCCUCCUCCUCCCGAGUGGGUCACUGUUAACUCCGACAGCUCUGUUCACCAUGAAUCAGGCUCUGUUGCAACUGGGGGCUUGAUUAGAGAUCAUUUAGGGCACUGCAUUGCCGCGUUCACACUUAACUUGAGAAUUUGUUUAAUCACCCGAGCAGAAUUGAGAGGCAUUGUGGAAGGACUUUAACUUGCCUGGGAUAUGGGACUUAGACGCGGGAGGGUGAAAUUGAAUUCUCGAUGUGUCGUCCACCUUCUCAGCACCAACGCAAACCUGGACCACCAGCACAAUGCUAUUACUAAUCGUAUCCAAGCCUUAUGUAGGUGGGAUUGGGAGGUUGAUCAUGUCUAUAAAAAGGGUAAUAAGUGUGUCAAUUACCUUGCUAAUAAAUGGCGUUAUUUGCCGCUAGGUUUCCAUUCUUUUACUGUUAGUGAUCCUACACUGACGUACAGAAUUUUGUAUGUUGUUCAGGGGAUUUCUGAGCUCUGUCUAGUAAUGAAUGAAGGUUAGAAUG